CUUCAGGUUUCUCGUCUGGUGAUCCUCCAUGAAGAAGCAGAAGAUGGCAACGCGAUGCCUGACCUGGCGAGGCCGGUGCAAGCCGUGUCUCUCGCCGUCAAUAACCUGGUCAAGGUUGGCCACGAGACCAUCGAGUCUUCAGAAGACUCGGUCCUCAGACACGACAUGCCGAGCGCACUACACCGCGUCGAGACAGCUGCCACUCUGCUGCAGCAGGCCUCCGACAUGCUGCGAGCUGAUCCUUUCUCAGGACCUGCAAGGAAGAAGCUGAUUGAAGGUUCGAGAGGAAUCUUGCAGGGCACGUCUGCGUUGCUGCUGUGUUUCGACGAGUCAGAAGUUAGGAAGAUCGUUAAGGAGUGCAAAAAGGUGCUAGAUUAUCUCGGGGUGGCGGAGGUCAUAGAUACGAUGGAAGACCUGGUUCAAUUCCUCAGAGACAUCUCGCCAGCACUCUCCAGGGCCGCCAGGGAGGUGGCAGCCCGAGCAGCGGAGUUGACCCACCCGCCGCACGCAGACACGCUAACCCGCUGCCUGGACAGCGUGAAGCAGCUCGCGCCCGUGCUCAUCUGCUCCAUGAAGAUGUACAUACACAUCCUCACUGAGGGAGGCAAAGGAAUGGAGGAGGCUGCUGAAAACAGAAACUAUCUCGCUCAAAGAAUGGCCGAUGAAAUACACGAGAUUAUUCGUGUGCUGCAACUAACCUCCUACGUGGAAGACGGUGGCGAGAAGGACAACGUGGCAGUGCUGAAGGCGUUACAGCAACAGAUACACGCCAAGAUUGGAGCUGCUCAUGAGUUCCUUAAUGACCCUGAGGCUCAGCGCAACAGUGCAGGCGAGAGAGCUAUCCGCAGUGUGCUGACAUCAUCUCAACGUGCUGCCGAACACCUGGCGCCCGAACCUGCUGAUGCUGCCAGGAGACUCGCCAGAUCUGGUGGCAUAAACGCUGACCAUCUAUGUGACGAGAGACAAUAUGGACAUGGUAGAGAACCCAAGGCAUUGAAUCUGGCGUCAGACCUGCGUCACCAGAUCAACGAGUUGGAUUCCAUCGUGAAUGAGGGAGUGAGGGCCGCUGAGAAGCAGGGCGGGAAGACCAUGCAGGCUAGGUUGGAGACAGCCCACAAGUGGCUGUUACACCCGGCUGCGGACCCGGUCACCAGGAUCGAGGGUCAGAAGGCUAUCAACAGCAUUGUUUCGCAAGGACAGAGGAUCGCCGACGGUCUUCAAGGUCGUGAGAAGGCGGAAGUUCUACAGCUGUGUUCAGAAGUACAGCGACUGUCAGACAAGUUGGCUGACUUGUGUGCCAGUGGAAAGGGAGAUAGUGAGGAAGCACGUGCUAUAACAAGGGAGCUAACAGACAAGCUGCACGAGCUGAAGCGAGCCACCGAGAGGGCGGUCGUGAACCGCGUGGUGGAGGAGUUCAUCGACGUGGCGGCGCCGCUGCGACACUUCACUGACGCUGUUAAUGCGCCUUUGGGCACCCCAGGUCGCGAGAGUCAGUUCCACGAGAAGGCGGCAGCGUUAGCAGCGUUCAGCCAGCGCGCAUGCGCGGCGGCGGACGUGGUGGCGGCGGGCUGCGGACACAACAAGCGCCUCGCUGAUCAGCUCACGCAGAAUGCUAGACAGGUGGAGAAACUGUCACCACAACUGAUUUUAGCCGGCAAGAUCAGGCUCUACAACCCUGACAGCAAGGUGGCAGAGGAACAUUUCAACAACUUGAAGAAUCAGUACGCAGAAGCUGUGCUGCGCGUGCGCGACCUGUGUGACCAGGCGGUAGAUCCCCUCGACUUUGUUAGGACUGCUGGUGAAUUGAUGCAGAAGCAUACAUACCUGUGUGAGGAUGCUAUUCGCAACAACGACUCGCAAAAGAUGGUUGACAAUACCUCCGCCAUUGCCAGACUGGCAAACCGCGUACUGCUCGUCGGAGGAGCUGAACGUGACAAUACGGAAGACCAGGAGUUCGCCCGAGCCCUGUCCUCCGCUCAGCAGCGUCUGCAGGCCGCCAUCCCGCCCGCCGUGCACCGCGCCAAGGCUGUGGCGCUCGGGGACCGCGCCCAGGCUGCUGCCUGGCGGACUGCUAACAGUGAGAUAAUCAGCGCAGCUGGUGAAGUAGAAUCAGCACUCUCAGGGCACUACGCCCCGCCCCCGCCGCCCCCCGCACUGCCAGAAGCACUCUCUCGCCUGCACAUGUCGGACGUGGCGGCGCCGCCCCGCCCGCCCCCGCCCGCCGGCGCCGCCCCGCCGCCCCGCCCACCGCCGCCCGCUGACACUGAUGAUGAGGGAGAGGAUAUCUUUAGGAGGCAGCCGCAUCCCAGCCAUCCCAUAUUGGUGGCAGCGCACAACUUGCACAAGGCAGUGCGCGAGUGGUCGUCGAAGGACAACGAGAUCAUCGCGGCCGCCAAGCGCAUGGCCAUCCUCAUGGCCAGGCUCUCCGAGCUCGUGCGAUCCGACUCUAAGGGCAGCAAGAGAGAGCUCAUCGCGACGGCAAAGGCCAUUGCCGAAGCUUCCGAGGAGGUCACGCGACUCGCCAAGAAGUUGGCGCUGGAAUGUACUGACAAAAGGAUUAGGACGAACUUGCUACAAGUAUGCGAGCGUAUCCCUACCAUUGGAACUCAGCUCAAGAUCCUGUCCACCGUCAAGGCCACCAUGUUGGGCGCACAAGGCAGCGAAGAAGACCAGGAAGCGACUGAGAUGUUGGUCGGCAAUGCACAGAACUUGAUGCAGAGUGUAAAAGAAACAGUGAAAGCAGCAGAAGGUGCGUCUAUCAAGAUCCGCACGGAGCAGGGCGGCUACCGCCUGCGCUGGGUCCGACGCUCGCCGUGGUACCAGAUCUAAGGGGACUGGUGAGAUGUAUAUUAUGUAGUGUUUGGUACUCAAGCUGUUGGAUUUUGAGUUUUAUAGCUGUUGGAGUAGGAUUUGUUUUGGUCUAAUUCUGACAUCAACCAAUUUAAUUUCGAAAUAAUUGGAAUUUGGAAUUCAUUAUCGACUUUUAUUUUAUCUUUGUUACGUGCAAUUUUAAUGGCGUCGUGUGGAUAAUAUAGACAGAGUACUGCUCUUAUUCUUACCGAUUUUGCAAUAUGUUGUAAUACACAUUUAAAAAAGUGAUUGACACUUAUCGAUAAAAUUAUAAUAUCGACUACAGCAUUAUUUUUAUUAACUUGUGUUUUAUAACUUUAUUUUAUUUAACUAUAUUUCUGGCCAGUAGUUUAUUUAUAGCUCGAUAUUAGGUCACGAAUCUUUGGCCACAGGUUGAGUACCAAAUAAUACAGGAUUGAGGUUGUAACGCAGGUACAUAUAUAGCUAAGUAUUGAAGCAAUCCAACAGCAAUAAGUUGUGAUAUUGUAAUUAGGUAUUUAAAGUCUGUGUGCAUUAGAGUGUAAAAGAGGUUAGAUUAGUACCAAAUUCUAUCGAUUUUGAUUUUAGGAUUAAAUGUAUUUACUUUUAUAAUUUUAAUGCAGUAUUCAUUAAUGGAAUGUAGUUACUUUUGAAAAUUCUUUUUGUAUGGAUAAAAUGUAUUUGUUAAAACAUGAAUUAAACUCAACAGUCUACUACGAACCUUUCUAAUGCACACAUACUCUUUAAUAUGCGCACACGCAUCCAUGAUCGUCACAUAAAAACAUGUAAGUACAUCCGAGUACAUAUUGUAAUGACAUCAACAUCAUAUGAUGUAGUAACAUUAAUUAAUGACAAUCUUAUAUCGGGUGUGUCGUUCACAAUCACAUUAAAUCAUAUCGCAUAUACUUUAUGAUAUUCUAUGACGAA